AUGUCGUCAAACCCCUCUCCCAAAUCCAAUGGUACUUCGUUUCCAGAUUCCAACAUCCCUCGCCCUUCUGAGGAUACCGACAUGCAAUCUGUUCCCGAAAUUACCAUAUCCAAUCCUGCAGGUGUUGAAACCCCAAUGAAUUCCCCAACUCCACUUUUCCCGCCUGGAAUAGAAUCAUUUGUUCAGCGAGGAGCUAUUGAGCGAGCUAAAAAAUCAUAUUUGGCUGAACUCCGAUCUGCUCGCGCAACAAAUACUACGGUUAAUUCUACUGAUUUACCUGCUUCUCCUAAUUCUCCCAGAAGACGACAGCUUCGAGACAACGAGGCUUUACUCUUUCUGGGCACUGGAAGGAGUAUAUCACCUGGUGGUACCAUGAGUAUUCGCAGGCCCACGUUAGGUGAGCAAACACGUGCGGUCGCAAUCCCCGGAAUGGAUUUCCAAUUACUUGAUGAUGACAUGGAUACUGAGCUCCCCACGAUACCUGAGGUAGUACAUGCCGUUGAAGGACACGAUUCAAGCAGCAGAGUUCGAGCAAUCAGAAGACCUCGCAGACAUCGGCGUCCGGGAAACCAUUCUCGCAGACAGGUGAUCACUAGAAGAAACCGGACUUCUCAAAGAAACGCCAUGGACGCAGUAUCGGGUCGUCCAGUCUUGACUUCCAUUCUUAAUCGAGAAUCUACAAACACAUUAAGCUCAAUCUGGCCUCCAAGUAAUCAAGAUGCAGAUGCGGAUGAUGAGGCGGUGAAUCUGGAUUCACCUCUACCGGAUCCAGCUAUGAAUCUAGAUACCUUUACCGCGCGGAGAAAUGUUCGCAGUCGUAGCGCAUUAUCUAAUGUAAUGUCUACAAGCGAUAUGGAAUAUGAACAUCAAGAAAUGCUCAGUACGAAUACCGAUCUGAGUUACAGUUCCGAAACACUUCUUGGGAAUUUGCAAGCAGGAGACUAUGAGGUUCCUACAGAUCAAAGGGAAAAAAGUGCACUUGAUACUUUCACAACACCUGUGAAUACAGAUUCGCCUUCGGUUGCAUCAACAUCGACACCUACAUCUCUAUCGAGUAGUACGACAGAACCACAAUUCCGAUCUCAGGCAAUAGGGACUGGAAAUACGACAGUGAGUUCUCGCAAAUUAUCUCAAGAUGCAUCGGUGAGAUUGUGGAAAGCGAUGUAUCGAACUAACGACAAGAAGCAGCAGGAUCUGGAGACGAUGAGGGAAGAAGGCGUGGAUGAUAUACCGAUUGCGAAAUUAUCGAUAGGAGGUUCGUUUCGGAGGUAG